UAAUUCACGUUAAGAAAUGAUAUACAAGUACUAUUCACCGCGGCCUUUGAGUGUUAAUCCAUUUUUACUGAUCAUUACGUUUUCAGCAAUGUUAGCAAAAGGUUUAGUCAAAGUUGAAAGCGUCAGCGAAGAUUGUGUUGGAGAAGGAAAUGAAUAUUCGAGGCAAUUUGAAAUGGAUAAUUUCUCACAUGUUCCUGAGGAUAUUGCUCGGUACGAUCAUUAUCGGGUAUACAAUGUUGAAUUGGAUACAGAUAUGCAUGUGGAUCUUUUCCAAAAGUUGGAACGACAGAGCGAUAGCUUGACCUUUAUGGGACACGCAAGAGAAGUGGGACAAAAGUUGACUGUUUUAGUAGCUGCACAUAAAGUAGCCGACUUUGCAGACUUAUUGCAAACUUAUCAUGUCCAGCAUCGCAUAUUGACAUAUAAUUUCCAGGAGAAAAUUGAUCGCAACAUGAAGGAAGUUUUGCCAGCAGACACACGUGCUUCGGAACUCGAUUGGAAACAUUUUUUCCAUUUGAAAACUAUUUAUUCGUGGUUGGAAUAUAUGGUGGCAAAAUAUCCCUCAGAUUUGACAUUAAUAGAUAUGGGCAAUAGUACAGAGGGUGUUCCUAUCAAGGGUUUAAAGUUGUCACGCAAUAAAUCUAACAAAGCUAUUUUUAUAGAAAGUGGUAUCCAUGCCCGUGAAUGGAUUGCUCCUGCCGCAGCUACAUAUAUUUUAAAUGAGCUUCUUACUACAAAAGAAGAAGCUGUUCAAAAGUUGGCAAACAAUUAUAACUGGAUUGUAUUCCCCUGCGUCAACCCAGAUGGUUAUAAAUAUACGUUUGAACAUGACCGAAUGUGGCGUAAGAAUCGUCAAUUAUUUGGCAUAUGCCGUGGUGUUGAUUUAAAUCGUAAUUAUCCAGAUCACUGGAAUACCACCGGGGCUAGUGGUGAUCCAUGUCGCUAUGAUUAUUCCGGUCCCAAUGCAGGAAGUGAAACUGAAACUAUACGUUUGAUGGACUUUCUUAUGGAGCAUGCCGAAAAGGAGCAAAUCAGAACUUAUAUAUCUUUACAUUCUUAUUCACAAAUGAUAAUGUUUCCCUAUGGUUAUACCAAGGAGCAUAUAGCAAACUAUGAUGAUUUACAAGAAUUUGGACGUAAUGCUGCUGGUCGUAUACGUGAACUCAGUGGUCGUAAUUAUACUACCGGAAGUUUAAUUGAAACAAUUUAUCCAUCUAGUGGAGGCAGUAUGGAUUGGGCCUACAGCAAAAUCAAAAUACCUAUUGCCUAUACUUUUGAGUUGCGGGGACCCCCAGAUAGCUCGGAUAUGUUUAUACUACCGGCUAAUGAGAUUGAGCCAACCUCUCAAGAGGCAUUUACUGCUAUUAGAACAAUAGUAGAGGGUGCUACCAAGAAAGGAUACUAUAAAUAAUUGACGUGGCUUUUGUUUGUUCAUUUAUAUCUAUACAAUUCCAUAACUAUAUAAUAUAUAUUUGAUGGUUCUAUAUUCAAAUAAUAUAAAAAAUAUAUCCUACAUAUACUUGCUGAAAAA